UCGUGUUGGCCCAGCCCGGCGUGGGCGUGGGCCUGGGCGUGGGCGGCCGGGGGCGGAGGGUUCUCGUCUCUUCGGCCGCGCGGGUCGCGUGCGAGGACAUGAGCGACAAGUAUGCUGGUCUGCCGCGGGCCCGCCUGCAUCGGGAUUUCAUCCACGCCAACUCCACCACUCACAGCUUCCUUUUCGGAGCUCUGGCUGAACUGCUAGACAACGCAAGAGAUGCGGGGGCUGCAAGACUUGAUGUGUUUUCAGUGGAUAAUGAAAACCUGCAGGGUGGGUUCAUGUUGUGCUUCCUGGAUGAUGGAUGUGGUAUGAGUCCGGAGGAAGCUUCAAAUAUUAUUUACUUUGGAACAUCCAAGAAACUGUUAUCGACCUUGAAAUUCAUUGGGCAGUAUGGCAAUGGUCUUAAAAGUGGAUCCAUGAGGAUUGGAAAAGACUUUAUUCUUUUUACAAAGAAGGAAGAAACGAUGACCUGCGUGUUUUUUUCUCAGACAUUCUGUGAAAGAGAAGGUCUGAGUGAGGUUGUGGUUCCAAUACCUUCAUGGUUAACAAGAACCAGAGAAUCUGUCACAGAUGAUCCUCAAAAAUUCUCAACAGAAUUGUCUAUAAUUUAUAAGUACUCCCCGUUUAAAACUGAAGCUGAAUUGAUGAAGCAGUUUGAUGUGAUCUAUGGGAAAUGUGGUACUUUGCUGGUUAUUUAUAACUUGAAGCUUCUGCUUAGUGGAGAGCCAGAGUUGGAUGUUAAAACUGACAAGGAAGAUAUCCUGAUAGCUGGAGCUCUUGAGGAUUUUCCGGAGAGAUGGUCAUUCAGAGCCUACACAUCUGUUCUGUAUUUUGACCCUCGGAUGAGAAUAUUCAUUCAGGCCCAAAGAGUUAAAACAAAACACCUAUGUUAUUCCCUCUACAGACCCAGAAAGUAUCUGUAUGUCACAUCUUCUUUCAAAGGAGUAUUUAAAAAUGAAGUUAAAAAGGCAGAAGAAGCAGUAAAGAUUGCUGAGCUCAUACUGAAAGAAGCACAAAUUGAAGCAAAGCAGCCUGACAGAACAACUUUGUCUUCUCCUGCCAAGGGAACAGAUGUGUUACAGAAAGCUUUGGAAGAUGUAGAGGCAAAGCAUAAGGUUCUUAAAGAGAAACAGAGAGAAUUAAAAAAAGCGAGGACACUCUCCCUGUUCUUUGGAGUGAACAUAGAAAACCGAAGCCAAGCUGGGGUUUUCAUCUACAGUAAUAACCGCCUGAUCAAAAUGCAUGAGAAAGUGGGCCCACAGCUGAAACUGAAGUCCUUACUUGGUGCAGGUGUGGUUGGAAUUGUUAAUAUACCCUUGGAAAUCAUGGAACCAUCUCAUAAUAAGCAGGAAUUUCUCAACGUCCUGGAGUAUAAUCAUCUGCUAAAAGUCAUGGGACAGUACUUGGUCCAGUACUGUAAGGACACUGGGAUCAGUAAUAGAAAUCUAACAUUGUUUUGGAAUGAAUUUGGAUGCCAGAAUAACAAGGACAUGGAGAAAUCUUUGGAUUCUAUUCAGUGUCAAAGAAGGCAAGCCAUGGCCAUCCCAUUCAUCAUUCAGUGUGAUCUUUGCCUUAAAUGGAGAAUCUUGCCUCCCACUACUAAUUAUCAGGAAAAAGAAUUUUUUGAUAUCUGGAUUUGUGCAAACAAUCCUAACCUCUUGGAAAACAGUUGUCAUCAGACAGAACAUCUGCCUUCCAUCCCCCUGGGCACCAUGAGCACAGUAUCACCAUCAAAAACAGAGAAAGAGAAGCGACUUCGAGAGUCAAUCCAAAGGUAUCAGAAUCAGCUAGCAAAACAGCAGCCACGGCUUCAGUUUAUGCCGACAAGUAGGAUCACUGAGUUCACUACCACCUGCCAAACUUCGGCAUCUAUGGAAAAUACGAAAACUCAGAAAAUCAGGCCUUCGAGUGAUAACUUGAAGCAUGAGUCUCUUACAUCCUUGGAGCUUUCGGUGAGCCGUGGAGGCUGGAAAAGAAGCGCAGAAGGGACGGCCUCUGAUAUAGAGUACAUCUCAGAGACUAGAAGGCUGAAGAAGUCCACACAGAAGAAGGCAAACCCUCAACAGCAGAGAUGUCCAACAGCCCUGCCGGAAAGUGUCAAACUAGCUGACAGAUCCCAGGCCUCUUCUUGGGAGGGAAAAAGGAAGCAGAGUCAAAACCUCGUGCAAGAGUGUGAGGCUUUGAUUGAAGCUGAAACCAGCAACAGCGAUCCAGAUAUAAUCCUGGUUUUAGAUAAAAGUGAUACUGAUGUUUCAUUGAAACAAGAAAAAAAGGAAGUUUCUCUUGUGAAAAAAGAAAAAGAGGAUCUGUGCAGUGAUACCCCAGAAAGAAAGAGGAACUCUUCACCACCUCACUGGGAAAGUGUGCUGAUGGAAGAUUUAAAUGCAAGUUCUGGACACAGAGUUUCUGUGAGUGGUGGUGGUAAAGUUGCUUCUUCGCUGACAGUAUCUUCUCAGAGCACAUCUGUCAAGGAAACAGCAAGAAAACUGAUAUCUAAAUUAAGGGAGAUUCUUCUGUAUUUUCUUCCUGAGUGUCAGCUGCCAUCAGAUUUCGGCUACACACCUGUGGAGGAACUUCUAGCAAGUUCUGAGCUGGAGCAAUGCCCAGAGGAGACAAACAAAAAGCUGAAAAUAUGUAUCAACCAGAUCCAGAAUGUUUACAUGGUCCAAUAUGAAAAAAAACUAAAGAGAAAAAUGCACUCUAUUAUCCAUGAUGCAAAUAGAAGAGGAGUAGUUAAUGAAAUAUCUCUGGGACAAUGUGAAAGAAAAAGAAAAAUUGCUGAAGAUAAACUGAAUAAUCUUCGUGUGAAACUGGCGGUGUUGUUGCAGAAACUUCAGCUGGGUGGUCCAGCAGGAGACCUGGAGCAGAUUGACAGUUAUUUAGAAGCUUUGCUUAAAGAAGAUAAUCUCCUUUUCCAGAACACUUUAAAUCAAGUGACUAUAGAUCCGGGACGUAGUCUCCCUUUAGAGAAAAAAUGAAAGCACUUCUCACAAUUAAGAGUCAGAAGCGAUAUUCCCUUUUAAAAAAUGCUAAUAAGAAAAAGGAAGAUUCUUUUCAAAAAGAUAUUUCCCUUUGUACUAAGUUAUUGUAAAGUUCAUCCUGCUUAACACUAAGAAAAUUGUACACUUUAGAAAUGGUGGCUGGUUUACAAUUUACAUAUUUCCCAGUCCUCUGCUCUAACUCUUUCUGUUCUUUCAGAAACUAUUUCUAGAGUUCUUGAUUUCCAAGGUGAGCUAUUAAGAAAGAUGGAAGUGUCAUUUAGCCUUAAAUUUUAUUUUCACUUAGAAGACUGUAAAAACUGGAAAACAGUGGUUUUCAAAAUCCAAACACAAAGGACGACAGAAUCGCCUCCUUUUGAAAUUUGUGUUGAAAAGGAAAGACGGACCUUCUGCUCUUUCCCUAGUACAGCCAAUAGUCAGUACAGCAGGAAAAAAAGUCCUCAAAAAACUUUGUGAUAUAGUUUAUGUGAUAAUUUUAUUAUUGAGUUAUAGUAAAAGAACAAAUCUUCUAACUAUAAUGUGAACUCACAUUACAGAUAUGUAAGAACGGUGUUUUUACAUUUACAUAUAUAUAGGAAUUGCGUUUUUACAUUUUCCUUGAUAACUGAUUGUUUUGUUUGUUUAGAAAUGUCUGCAACUUUGGAAAAAAACAAUAAAGCAUUUAAUAUUUGUUU